GUCUCUCCCAUUUCCUCAUUUUCACCUUCUUUCUCAUCCCAUUUGCAUUCUCUUCUAUCUUCUCUCCAAUGGACCCUCCUACUUCUCACGAACUACUCUUCUUUUCUCUCUUCUCUCUCCUAAUCCUCAACUCGGCACAAGCCAUAUGUGUGCCGCGCAAUUCAGCACCAACAUGGGAUUUGUCUCCAUCUCCAAAUUACCCGCAGCCUCCUGCGUCGACCCCAGCACCGGAGACAAGUCAGCCUUCAGUGUCAACCCCAGCAUCGAAGGAGAUCCAAUCAGAUUCAAUUUCCUCCCAAGGCAACGAUGCGUCAGUCCUUUCUGUCUCUAAUCCUGCAUCACAGUCAACCCUUCAAACCACUCCAACCCCGCCAACAAAAUCAGCAAUGUCUUUUUUGUCAAAUAUGGUAAAAUCAGUUCCACUGCUAAACCAAAACAGUGAUCCCGCGCUCAAGAAAAUAUGUGACUCCACUGACUAUCCCGACGUUUGCCUCUCAGCAGUUGUGCCUAAAUUGGGAGGCAAAAACGACCUACCAUCUGUUAUUGAAAUGGCAAUAAAGGCGGCUUCUGAAUACACGAAAGUGGCUGUGGACACAGCUACAAAAUUGGCUAGCAAUCCCGGAAUUCCUCCUAAAAUGGCAUCCAUAAUCAAUGACAUCAGGGAUAGCUAUAGCGACGCGUUGGACAAUUACAAUGAAGCGAUGGAGGCACUCCAGAAGCACGAUGUUGGCACGAUGAAUAGCAUGCUUAGUGCUGCCAUUACUGAUUUCAGCGAUUGCGAUGAUGAUCUUGCAGGGCAGAGUUCACCAUUGUUGGAAUUUAAUGGCAAGCUUAGAAAGAUGACUAGCAAUUGUCUUGCCAUUGUUUCUUUGAUUCAGCAGUGAUUUGAUUCGCUUGUGUUUGUGUCUUAUAAUAAUUUAAUUACCAUCAUGGUCUAUACUAUUUUUGUUCUGGUAUUAUGUUUUUUAAUAUUGAGAAACAGAUCCAUAUAGGAUGUUUUUUGGAGAUGGUUCGUAUAGGAAUAAAAACGAAAGCUUGUACCACAGUAUGAUAUGGAAGUUCUACAGCCUUUGUUGUACCACUUUUGGUCAUAGGGCUUGUCAUGCUGGAGUUACUCUUUUGGUGAAGAUUAAUAGAAACUUAAUUUUAUCGUUUGAAAUGAGUUGAAU